AUCAUGGAUAAUUUAAAGUUUAACGCGAUGGGUUCCGACGACAAUAACUGGCGAACCCAAAGUGUUAGACAAACGGUUGUAUCAAAGAUUGAAGAGGUCAUCCAGAGGUCGGGUAUGCAGGUUGCUCGAAACAGCAGUGAAAUGGAGAAUCAUGUCUUCAUGAAAGCGAAGAAUCGUGAAGAGUACAUGAACAUGGUUGCCAAGCUCAUCUUGCAUGUUAGGGAAAUGUCGCAACCAAAACAAAACCAAGUUGCACCUAACAUGCAAGGUCCGAAUCAAACUCAGCCGGGUCCCAGUAACCAAGUCCAAGCUCAGCAAGUUCCAACACCUCAAGGACCCAACAGCCAGCCCGGUAUGGCUACAGACCCUAUUAAUGCAUUACAGAACAUGGCCACACAGGGUACAAGGAACCAAAUGAUGACUAUGGGCCAGGGGCAGAUGCAACAAGGGGUGUUAGGUCCCAAUCCGGGCAUGGCUGGAAUGCAGGGGCAGAUGAGCCAACAGGGUCCGAUUGUAUCUCAAGGUCCACAAGCUCAAACAGCGACAAAUUUGUUGCAAACAUUAAAUCAAAGACCACAGAUUAAUAUGCAGCUGCAAAAUAAACUUGGCAUGGUCGCUAAUCAGGGACAAAUGGGUGCUAACAUGGUCGGGGGGAUGGGAAUGGGAAAUACCCUGGGUAGUCAGCUACAGAACCAGCUGAGUGCCUCCGGGAUGCAGGGGCAGAUGAUCUCAAACAUGUCAAUGUCUAAUACAAUGCAAGUUCCGAUGUCCGGAGCUAACACCAUGGUGGGGCAGAUGCAGUGUAAUCAAGUCGUCGGAGGCAUGGGCGGUCAAAUGCCCCCUAAUCAAAUUCAAGGACAAAUACCGAACCAAAUGGUUGGAACCCCAUGCAUGGGCAGUAACCAGCUAGUCAAUAUGAACAUGCUACAAAUGCAUCGUAAUCCUGGCAAGGAGGUGAUGGGAGCGGGGUACGCUCCCCGUCCACCUCACAAUCAGUUCUUAAGACAGAGUCCAUCACCGUCCGCUUCAUCACCCAACAUGCCCGGACCGAGUCCAGUCUCUAUGGGUGGUGGGGUGUUAAGUGGGGCGCUGUCGUCCCCCCUCUCCGGUCUGGGUGGGUUGGGAGCUUGCAGCGGCGGUAGUCCUUCGCCUUCAGCCAGCCACCAUCUUGGACACCAUCCACCGACACAGCAACGAGUGAAUUUGGGCAUGGUGGCGUCACCGUCGUCCCUGAACACGCCCGCGGGGGCGGGCGGCGCGGGCGGCGCGUCCCCGGGCGGCGAGGACGCCGCCUACCGCGAGAAGGUCCGCCAGCUGUCCAAAUACAUCGAGCCGCUUCGGAGGAUGGUCAUGCGUAUGGUCAGCGAGGGUGAAAAUGUGGAAAAACUGACCAAAAUGAAAAAUCUUUUGGACAUUCUGUCUAACCCGAACAAAAGGAUGCCUCUAGAAACUUUGAUCAAGUGCGAGGUGGUGCUGGAAAAGCUCGAUUUUAAGCGAAGCGAAGGCGUUGGGUUGGGACUGGGGCUACCCACUACUGGCAAGGAGCAAAUCUUCAAUCCACUACUGGAAGUGGUGAACAAUUGUCUGAUGUCGCCCUUGGCCAACCACACCCUGAAACGUACCUUUGGUUCUACCCUCAACGCUUUGAAUGGGCCUGAAAUCAAGAAUUUACCACCACCACCUCAGAAAAUUCCAAAGAUGGAUGAGCCAAAUCUGGAAAUUCCUGAUGUAUUGCAAGGUGAAAUUGCACGAUUAGAUUCAAGGUUUAAGGUGUCGCUGGAGACGAUGCAGCUGUCGGGCGGCGGCGGCGCCAUCUCGCUCAUCGCGCAGCUGGACGACGUGCGGCUGCCGUGCGUGCCCGCCGUGCACGUGGCCGUGCCGCGCGACUACCCGCGCGCCGCGCCCUCCCGCCUGCGCCCGCGCUCCAGCGGCGGCGCCCCGCACGCCAGCGCCCCGCACGGCAGCGCCCCGCACGGCGGCGCCCCGCACGCUGCGCCCAACGCCUCCACGUCGAGCGACUGCUUCCUCGCGAGGGUGGAAAAAGCUAUGGACGCACGCUGCGCGCGGUUACCGAAGAGCUGCUCCGUGGGUCAACUCUUGGAUGCGUGGGAGAUGAGCGUGAGGCAGGCUUGCGCCCCUAGCCCCGUCGCCUACGCUCCCGUGCCAGCCCUAGGCCUUUAA